CGGGCGGGGCGGGGUUCUGCGGCGCCCGGCGAGGACCAAAGUGCGACUUCAGACCGAGCAAAAGCCAGUUGGGUUGGACAGCCAUGCCCAAGUACUGCCGGGCUCCGAACUGCUCCAACAAUGCGGGCCAACUGGGCGCGGACAACCGCCCGGUUCCCCCUGAAGGAUGGUCCCCGGCUGCAGGCCUGGCUGAGGCACAUGGGGUGUGAGCACUGGGUGCCUAGCUGCCACCAGCACCUGUGCAGCGAGCACUUCGCCCCCUCUUGCUUCCAGUGGCGCUGGGGCGUGCGCUAUCUGCGGCCGGAUGCUGUGCCCUCCAUCUUCUCCGGAGCGCCGCCCGCCAAGAGGCAGACGAAUUCCCGAAGCACCGAGAAACCAGUCGUGCCUCCAACUCCGCAGGAGGCCACGUCCCUGUCCCCUGGUCCAGCCGUCCCGGCCCCUGGCCCCGUACAGCUUGUGGUGUUGGGGCCAGCAUCCGGGGGCCUCGAGAUCCCAGCCACCGUGUUCCUGACUCCCCUGCCGCUUCCGCCGGUUCCCACGGGGCCGCGCCCUGGAGUGUCGGCCCAGCACCCCUGGCCCGGGCUGGGCGCGGCGCUGGGAGCGCUGCAGCGGCGGGUGCGGAGGCUCCAGCGGCGCCACGAACGGCACCAGGCGCGGCUGCGGGCUCUGGAACAGCUGGCGAAGCAGCUGCGCGCGGAGAGCCUACUGGCGCCGGCGCACCGGGGCCGGCUGCGCGCGCUCCCUGGACCUGAGGAGUCCCAAGCCUUCACCAUCAUCUGUGGAGGGCCUGACAUAGCUGUGGUCCUCGCCCAAGGUCCUGCACCUCCCACCCUGGACGCCAAGCCUGAGCUCCUGGACACUCAGACUGCCAGUGCAUAAGGACCAGGACAGAUGACAGAAGACAGAGGAAGAGAGAUGCAUCAAACAUGGGCUUGGCCCAGCCCCAUGACCCAUGCCUGGGGCAUAGCAGUGCCUCCCUCAGGGCCCUGGCUCCCACCACCUCCUCCUAGGGACCCCUUGAACCUUAGGGCUGACCUGGGCCCAAGACCCCUGUCAGCAGUGAUUACCCUGGGAACCAGGUCCCAACCCCACCUUCAAUCUUUGCGGUCAGUAAAACAUUCUCAGAGCAGAGCAAGGGUUGUUCGUUUGGAGAGAGUUGUACCUGGUUCUGAAGAGCCCCUUGUACCCUUUGCCAAGGCUGGUGCCAAGCUGGGGAUACAGCAGUGAACACAGCUGACAAAAGUCCUGUCCUCGUGGUGCUCACUUUCUGCUUGAGCAGAAGAUGAACUAGUAAAUUAAUAAACAGUAUAAUUUCAGGUUGUGAUAAGUGCCAUAAAGACUGAAUGAAAAUGUAAUGGGCUGGGUGGGAGGGAGGACUCUCUAAGGAGACAGUGUUUGAGCAGACACCUGAUGAUGAGAAGGAGCUGGCCUGGAAGGCACGUGGACUGGAUGUUCCAGGGAGAAGAACGGCCUCUGCGCAUACCCUACCAUCUAAGGUAUAAGCCGGAGGAAGACAGUGUUGCUAUGGCAAACACUGAAGCAGGGAAGGGAGUGAGUGUUUGUGUGUGAGGAGGGUGGGGUUGGGACGCAAUGUUAGAUAGAGCAGAAAAGGUCUCAUUGGAAAGGUACCAAUAAGCGAAAGCCUAAAAGAGAGGAGUAAGGGAACCAGGUAUCUGGGGAAAGAGCAUUCCAGGCAGAAGGAGCGCCAGUGCAGAGGUCCUGGGGUGAGGAGGAACAAGGAGGCCAGGGUGGUUAGAGUGGAGUGACUGAGGGGGAGAG